CCGCCCUCCUGGCAGUUUCAGAGGACCCCGGAUUGUAUCCAGUGUCUGUUGCAAAGAUUCAUUUGAUGGGAAUCCUGCUUUAGGUCUCAGCGCUGGCGGGACAUGUCCAUCUCACCAAACCCGGGAUCCUGAGCGCCCAAUGCGUGAGGUCCGACCAUGUCGGUGAGCGAGCAUGAGAACCGCAAGUCCCGCAGCCAGGGCCCGGCCAACACGUCGCUGUUCCACAAAGCCUCGCACCCGGACAGCGUCCUCGCCCAGCUGGACAGCCUGCGCCGGCGGCGCCUCUUCACCGACGUGACCCUGCGGGCGGGCAGCCGCUCCUUCCUCUGCCACCGGGCCGUGCUGGCCGCCUGCAGCCGCUACUUCGAGGCCAUGUUCAGCAGCGGGCUGCGGGAGAGCCGGGCGGGCGAGGUGGACCUGGGCGACGCCGUGCACCCCGAGGUGCUGGAGCUGCUGCUCGACUACGCCUACACGUCGCGGCUGGCCGUCAGCCGGGACAACGCCGAGUCGCUGCUGCAGGCCGGCGACAUGCUGCAGUUCCACGACGUGCGGGAGGCCGCCGCCGAGUUCCUGGAGGGGAGCCUGGGCGCCGCCAACUGCCUGCGGCUGCUGCUGCUGGCCGACGCCCACCAGUGCCGGCGCCUCCACCGCCAGGCCUGGCGCAUGUGCCUGGCCCACUUCGAGGAGGCGGCCGAGGCGGGCGACGACGACGACGACUUCUGCCGCCUGCCCGAGGCCCAGCUGGCCGAGCUGCUGGCCUCCGACGAGCUGGAGGUGGACGACGAGCGGGUGGUGCACCGGGCCCUCAUGAGGUGGGUUCGACACGACGCCGACGCCCGCCGCCCGGCCCUGCCCCGCCUGCUGCGUCACGUCCGCCUGGGGCUGCUGCCUUCCGGUUACCUGGAGCGGGCGGUGGCACGUGACCGGCUGGUGGCGGCCGACGCGCCGAGCAUGCGCCUGGUCGACCAAGCCCGGCGCUGCCAGCGGCGGCGGCUGCUGCCGUUGCCUAGCGACCAGCAGGCGGCGGCGGCCGCCAACGACGACCCCUGCGCCCGCCCUCGCCGGGCCGGACACACGCUGUUGAUCCUAGGCGGCCGCACCUUCAUGUGCGACAAGAUCUACCAGCUGGACCAGCGAGCCCGCCGCAUCGUGCCCAGAGCCGAGCUGCCCAGCCCGCGCAAAGAGUUCAGCGCCUGCGCGGUGGGGGCCAAGGUCUACGUCAGCGGGGGGCGGGGCUCCGAGAACGGAGUCUCGCGAGACGUCUGGGUCUACGACACGGCGGCCGGCGAGUGGAGCAAGGCGGCGCCCAUGUUGGUGGCGCGCUUCGGCCACGGCUCGGCCGAGCUGCUGGGCUCGCUGUACGCGGUGGGCGGUCACACGGCGGUGGCGGGCGUCUUCCCGGCCUCUCCGUCCGUGUCGCUCAAGCAGGUGGAGCGCUACGAGCCGGCCGCCAACGCCUGGGCCAUGGCGGCGCCGCUGCGCGAUGGCGUCAGCAACGCGGCGGUGGUGAGCGCGCGGCUGCGUCUUUACGUCAUCGGGGGGGCGGGGCCGAGGCGGGAGGGCGCGCCCACCGUGCAGCGCUACGACCCGGCCGACGACCGGUGGGCGGUGGCGGCCGCCUGCCCGCAGCCCUGGCGCUACACGGCCGCCGCCGUGCUCGGCAGCCAGAUCUUCAUCAUGGGCGGCGACACCGAGUUCACGGCCGCCUCCGCCUACCGCUUCGACUGCGACAGCAACCAGUGGACGCGGGUGGGCGACAUGACGGCCAAGCGCAUGAGCUGCCACGCCGUGGCCUCGGGCAACAAGCUGUACGUGGUGGGCGGCUACUUCGGCACGCAGCGCUGCAAGAGCCUGGACUGCUACGACCCGGCGUCGGACACCUGGAGCAGCAUCACCACCGUGCCCUACUCGCUGAUCCCCACCGCCUUCGUCAGCACCUGGAAGCACCGCGACCUGCUGGACACGGAUUAGGAGGAGAGGGCGGGAGGUUCGACUAGACACCUCACAGCUGCUUUGAAUGGGCCAAGCUAUCAUGAAUCUUCACAUCAAGCUGUUGGCAGCUAUCCUUCCGAAGAUCUUGGACAAAGGCUUCCCUUGGCCCAUGAGACCCACAGAGCCGAAGGCUGCCAAAUCUGUGUCAGGCUGGCUAAUUAGUAUUGCUCUCAUUGUAACUGGGAGUUUGACAGAUAUGACAUUUUGAAGCGUAUGGGAAAAGAUGAUGAAGAGGAGAGAGUUGGGUAAAGGAUGACGUUUGGAGUGAAACCUUGGAACGCCACAGCACUGGCAAGUGGAGUUUGUGUAAGGUUGCUCUAAGAUUUCAGUGAAACUAGUUACAGAGAAAGCAGCACAGUUUCUUCAUGAAACGACUGUUCAUUUGCACUGAGCCACUUUCAAAGGGGCUACUAAAAUUUUAGAAUUUUUUUUUAAAUUAGGAAAAGGACAAUAGAUCUCCAACAGAGAGCAUGGGAAGUUACUUUGAAUAUUUCAGGAAGUGUGCACAAUUUUUAUGAAAUAUUGUUAGUUAAUAUGUUGAAAAUAGAUUAACUGUUGAACUUUUAAAUAAAAAUGUUUUGGAUUUCCA